CAUUUUCAAAACGAGCGGCGGUCUGGGUACGAUUUGCCACCAUAAAGGCUCUUGGGAUCGUUUGGAGGGACAGCGUGAAGGUAAACAAACGCACAGCUGACGUGUGACAAACAUGGCACACUAUAACUGCUGUAUUCCAGGCUGCACUAAUAGUUACAGAAAUGCACCUAACCUUCAGUAUUAUAGAAUUCCAAAAGACCCUCAUAUACGUAGAAAGUACGUGGUUCUUAUGAGGAACGAGACUCUGAAAUUAGAUUCUACGAGUACGCGGAUUUGCUCAGUUCAUUUCGAUGGAGGAGAAAAACUUAGCAGAACGCACUUGCCUUCAAUUUUUCCAUGGACAAAACCGACAGCUCAACGUAGAGAACGCAAGAGGGCCAGUUUCGAAGAUGUACAGAAAAUAGAGCAAACCAAAAAAAGAAAAACAGCACUUGCUCAAUUACCACAGGAAGCGAACUUUAAAUUUGAAGAACAGACAGAAAAUAUGAAUGUUAAUGCUGACACCAGUACCAGUGUGGAAAUGCAAACGUUACUUACUGGAGACCAACUAAACAGUUUAUACAACAGAAUGCAAACAAGAGAACAAGAAAUUGUUAAGCUUAAGGGAGAGAUUCAGCAGUUGGAGAAAGAAAACAACAACAUAAAAGAGGUGAACAGCAAAUUACAAAAGGAAAUCGAAAGCUUGAAGCAUGCUUUAGAUAACAAUAGAUUUGACAUAAGCAAAUUUAAAGAUAAAGAUGAUGAUAUUGCAUUCUACACCGGCUUUCCCGAUUACAAUGCUUUUAUUCUUUGUUACAAAACUGUAGAACAAGCCUCUAGCAAUAUUAAUUAUGGGCACAAAAGGACCACCACGAACGGUAAUGUUGGGAGACCCAGAGUACUUACUAAAUUCCAGGAGUUUACCCUUGUUAUGCUGCGCUUGAGGCUGGGUUUGUUUGAGAAUGAUCUUGCUCAUCGAUUUUUGGUUUCAAGAUCAACUGUCUCUAAGAUUGUAAAUGCCUGGAUUCCAUUUUUGAGGAGGGAAUUUGAACCUCUUAUCAUCAUCCCCCCAAGAGAAGUACUUCAAUGUUAUAGGCCUGACAGUUUUAAGAAACUGUUGCCUAACGUAACAGUCAUUGUCGAUUGCACGGAAUUUGAAAUGGAGAGGCCAUCUGCUCUUGAUUCACAGUCUACCUGUUUUUCAUCAUACAAGUCAAGAACCACCAUGAAAUCACUGUUGGGCAUAACGCCAAGCGGUGUUUUAUGUUUUGUGAGUGACUUAUUUCCUGGUUCAACCUCAGAUAAGGAAAUAACUGUUCUUAGUGGUUUUCUAGACAGACUAAAUCCUGGUGACCAGGUACUGGCUGACAAAGGGUUCAAUUGUCAGGAUGAAUUAGCUUCUGUUGGUGCAAGCCUUGUUAUACCAAAAUUUUUAGAACAGAAGAUACAGUUUUCCACAAAUGAAACAAAUCACAACAAGGUGGUUGCUAGCCUAAGAGUUCAUGUGGAGCGGCUCAUGGAACGUAUAAAGAACUGGCACAUCUUCGACCAUAAGAUACCAAUUACUAUUGCACCUAUUGCAUCAGACAUGCUUGUAGUGGUCUGUGCUUUGUCAAAUUUUCAACCCCCUCUUAUAAAUUAAAAAUUAUCAUGUAAUAUUGUUAAC